AUAACCACAUUCUUUUAGCAGACAUAUUCAGGCUUUCAUGGUCAAUUCUGAUGUAAACCCAAAUUACUGGCUUUAGCAAAGCAAAGAGAGGAGAAAGUGAUCUCAUAUUUUAAACAAAAUGAAGCUGCUCUCUACAGCACUCUGUCUCACAUUGGUGCUCUGUUCUAAUGCGCAAAGCCAAACUCCUGUAACUUCUGCAGACUGUGACUCAGUUGAAACGGAUGCAGCGGUGGCCCUGGAUUUGAUCAAUAAACACCGCAGAGAUGGCUACAUUUUUACUCUGUUCCGUGUUGCUGAUGCCCAUGAACAACAGACAGGGAAUUCAUCAGUCCUUUAUUUGACUCUGAAUGUGCUGGAAACCCAGUGCUCUGUAUUAUCCAGGAGACAUUGGGAGGACUGUAAACUCCCACAGCACAAUGAAAUGGUAUUUGGACAAUGUAAAACUAUCAUGUAUAUAAACAGACAGUUGAAGAAAGAAAUACUGCAUGGCUAUAACUGCACAGUGAGUCCAGAUCAUUCACAGUUAUACAAGUGUGAACAAAACUGCCCUAGAAGACCAACAGCCUUAGAAGACAUUGAGCAGCACAGAGGGGACGCUGAGAGAGCCCUGGAGAGGUACAAUGAAGAUAGUAACCACACACAGUAUUUCAAGGUGGAUAAAGUACAAAGAGCUACAACGCAGAUCACACCUCAGCCGGGAUACUUUGUCGAAUUUACUAUAAAAGAGACCUGCUGCUCCAAAUCCACACCACAUGCAAAUGUGUCUGAAUGUGAAUUUCUGCAUGACAGAUAUGCUCACGUGGGAUUCUGCAGGGGAACAUUUGCGAGUGACACAAAAAAUCCUGAUGUCCUUGAGAUAUCCUGUGAAAUCUACGAUCCCUGGGUCAUGUUUUCUAGACCGUUAAUCAUUUCUGUUGCUCUUCUCUGGACUUUCUCCAAUUUUGUGACAGACCUCCCUUCCACCAUCACCCCCACUCCGGAGAACAUCAUCACCACCACCACUUCUCUGGGCAAGGACAUCCCCGCCCCGGUCCACACAGACAUCAUCAUCAUCACAGCUUUGGCCCUGGACAUCGUCAGAGACAUUACCAUAGAUGCCCACCACCUCCUGAAAAUAGAGUCCUCCACCCUGAAGGAUCUGAGCAUCAUCACAAUUUCUCUGGAGAGGAACAUAAGCAUGGGCCUCCUCAUCUUUCUCCAUCAGGUCCUCAUUAUCCUCCCCCGCCUCCUGACAGACCACAUGACAGACAUCAUUAUCCCGGCUUUGGCCCUGGACAUCGUCAGAGACAUUACCAUAGAUGCCCACCACCUCCUGAAAAUAGGGUCCUCCACCCUGAAGGAUCUGAGCAUCAUCACAAUUUCUCUGAAGAGGAACAUCAGCAUGGGCCUCCUCAUCUUUCUCCAUCAGGUCCUCAUUAUCCUCCCCCGCCUCCUGGCAGACCACAUGACAGACAUCAUUAUCCCGGCUUUGGCCCUGGACAUCGUCAGAGACAUUACCAUAGAUGCCCACCACCUCCUGAAAAUAGGGUCCUCCACCCUGAAGGAUCUGAGCAUCAUCACAAUUUCUCUGGAGAGGAACAUCAGCAUGGGCGUCCUCAUCUUCCUCCUCCACCCGGUCCUCAUUAUCCUCCCCCUCCUUAUGGUUGUAAACACGGCCAUAGACAUAACCGUCUACACCAUCAGGGGUCUAGCAAUUUUUCCCAGGAAAGAGGAGGACAUGAAGGCAGCUCCUCAGAAGAGCACAUUUCAUCCCAAACACCUCAUCCUUUCCAUAAAAGACAGGUUGGAUCCAUCCAUCACAUUCCAGUUUUAA